CCGCACCGCAACCUCCUUUCGAUCGGCUCUCCCCUCUCUUCUCCUUCCCCCCUUCCCCUCCUGCAAGUAAAACAAGCGAGAGACUCCCCCCCUCAAUGGCGUCCCGGAUCGCGAGGCUGCUACAGCACCAGAACCGCCGCCUCCUCUCCACCGCCGCGGAGGCCUCCUCCCGCCGUCCGCCGCGCGCUCCCCUCAGCGGCGCCAUCCCCAAGCAUGAAGUUGCAAAGGCUGAAGCCUCAUCUUUAAAAAAAUCAAGGUGGUACAUGAUCAAGUCAAACCCUUCAAGUCCUCUCACAACACAGCGUGAAAGCCACAAAGUAUCUACUCAUUUAGUUAGGCCUUCUGCAUCCUACUCCACACAAGCUUCAGAGCAGAACCCAAAAGAGGGUACAAAAGACCUGAAAACUGUUGAAGAUCCAUUUGAUUCCCCUACCUACAACAUACCUGAGAAGCCAGUGACAUUUGCUGAAGGGGCUUCCUACAGUCUUGUAAUAGUUGCGGGACUUGGAAUUGCAGCAGUGGCUGGAUAUGCUGUUUUCAAAGAACUUAUAUUUGAACCAAAAGAGUACAAGAUUUUUGGAAAAGCGCUAGCAAGAGUACAGAAUGACAGUCAGGUUACAGCAAAAAUUGGGUAUCCUGUUACUGGAUAUGGCAAUGAAAGUAGAAAUCGUGCAGCUCGGCAGCGCAUUCCUAACAAGGUUUGGACAGAUGAGGACGGUGUUGAACAUGUGGAGGUAAACUUCUAUAUCCGAGGACCACAUGGAGCUGGAAAGGUGUAUUCAGAGAUGUUCAAAGAUAACAAUGACAGGAGUUGGAAGUUCACAUACCUUAUUGUUGAGAUUGUGUCUCCGCAUCGUGUACAACUAAUGUUAGAAUCUUACGUACCAGCAUAAGGAUGCAAGAAACAAGCAGUUAGCAGUGGCAGAAUUGUUGUAAGGUUCAUGCCUCCACACUUACCUAUCCAAUGUGUACAUCUCUCAUAUUUAGAAAUCAUCCUUUGAUUACAGAAGUUUUGAGUUUUGAUCUUCCCCAGUAGCACAACUAUCUGAGUCUGAUCAUUUCUGGUAUCUUAAAUAUGGUGUAGCAUGGAAGGACCUAAUGUUACUUUGUUCAGCUGAAGGCCAUUAAGAUACAUGCAUACAUCACAAUUUUUAUAACACUGCUUAAACAAUGGUAGAAACAAGAGCAAGAUUACCAGA